AAAUUAAAUAUAAAUAAUAGUGCCAAGUGUUGAUUUAUGACGAAUGAUUGUGGCGCAAAAUGAUUAAAUGGCAUUUAAGCCGUGUUUAAACAUUGCAGCGGAAAUGUUCAAUAGUUUUUAAUUGCUGUAGCGGUCGCUGCCCCGGCGCUUUGCGUGUGUGUGUGGGAGAAAGAGGAGUAGGAGAAUGAAAAAAGAGGAAUAUGCAACAACUGUGCGAUUUUAGUUAUCGGUGGCAUUUUUUUCGGCUAUUUCGAGUGGCCGAAAGUAAAAAUCUAAAAACCUGAGGUGUACACACACAUCACUGCCCAGAGACACAGAAAACGGGGCAAAAAGAAAACUAUGAAAGUGGUUGCUCUGCCUUUGCCGUGUAGGUGUGUGUGUGUGAGAGGAAUGCUGCCUGCCUAUGUAUCACGUUUCGCACUUUGUGUGUGUGUCUGUGCAGUGUUGAAUAGUGCAUAAAUUAUGGAAUUUCGGAUUUCUUUCGAGUUUCGUUUUAGUUUCAGAUUUUUCCCUUAAUCGAUCUGUUCUCUCUCGCUCAAAAAGGUUGCAUCCCCAAGAGAUGCACAAAGAGCGAGAGCGAGCGAGAGAGAGCGAGAUAAACAGACGCCGCCACUAACGCACACGCACACCAAUUCAAAUGCAGUUAGCUGGUAAAACUUGUUUUCUCCCUCUCUCUCUCUGCAAAAAGAGCAAAAGCCGCUAUUCGGCCGCUACUCGCUCUCUCGACACUCGCCGCUGCUACGACACAAACAGACAGACUAUAUACCAUAUAUAUGGCCGAUUCAAAGCUAGGCGAGCAAAAUUUCCAUUGUGUGUGGCGGCCAGCGUUCGCAGUCGGUUCGAAAAUUUCUGACUCGUCAUUUGUGCGCAAAAAACACUAAAUACAUCGCCAGAAAUUCAAGCCUGACUAUAACCAACAACAACAACAGCAACAUGCAUAAUUAUACAGUAUGUGUGUUUCAUUGCCAAAGCAACGUUUACGUUUAAAUUCUCUCUUGGGAGAGAGCAAAUAAAUAUAAAAUACACAUAAAUAAAUAAAUCAAAACCAAACAACCAAACAUCAAAUAGCAAAUUACAAACAAAAUUCAACAACAACAAAAUAUCGAAAGCAAAGAAACGAGUCGAAAGAGAGUUCAAUAUUUGUGUAUCCGUGUGUGUUGUCUCUCUCGCUCUCCUUCGCGUGUGUGUCCGUGCCUAUAUCUCUGUGUGUGUUGUGUGUGUCAGAAUCAAUAAUAAAAAAUAAUAUCCAAAAAAGAAUAAAAAUCAAGCAAGCAAAUGUGCAAAAUACUAAAGAAUUUCCAAAUCAACAACAAAUAACAACAUCAGAUAAAUAACAAUAAUAGCAAUACACUACAAGCAACAACGUUGAGAAAAUGAGGAGCUGCUGCUGUGCGAAGAAAACAAGCCAAGAACUAUGACGCAUCAAAAUCAUCAGACAAACGGCGCAAGUUUGGAGGAUUGCCACACAAACUUUUAUGCCUUGACUGAUUUAUGUGGAAUAAAAUGGCGGAAGUUCGUUAACGGGGAGCGGCCGAACGCAUCGAGCGAUCCAUUAGCGGACCCGAUCCUGCGCUCCUAUUCGCGAUGCAUCCAGGCGGACAUGCUGUGCGUGUGGAGGAGGGUCCAAUCCACGAAGACGGACAACGCCGACCCGAAUGCCUUAACCUUCGAGAUCACCACCUCAACCAAGGUCCACCCGCCCCUUUCGCUGGCCGCCGCCAAGGAGCUAUGGAUCUUCUGGUACGGCGAGGAGCCCGAUCUCAGUGAGCUGGUCGACGCCGAGCUGCUCAGAGUAGCGGCCAACCAAGCGCUUUGGAAUGGCACCUGGAAAGGAGCCCUUACUUACGAAUGCCGAUCGCUGCUCUUCAAGGCACUGCACAAUCUCAUGGAGAGGUUCGUGCUGACCAAGGACAUUGUGCGAUUUGGCAAAUGGUUUGUGCAGCCCUGCACUUCCAGCGAUCGUCUCUUUGGCCGAAGCUCUCAACACUUGUCCUUCUCAUUCACGUUCUUCGUUCACGGUGACACCGUCUGCGCCUCCAUUGAUCUUCGCGAGCAUCCCGCCGUUCGUCCGCUGACCAAGGAGCAUUUGGCCGAGGCGGCGGCUGCCUUUGCGGCGGCCAGUUCCCCGCCAGGAUCGACAGGAUCUGCGGCGUCAGCGGGCGGAGCAGUGCCUAAUUCUGGUCACGAUGCGAAUGGCGCCGGCAUGGAGCCCCUGGAUGGUGGGGAAGGUGCGGCCAAAGCGGCGCCGCCGGCCCAUGCACGCAAGGUGAUGUUGGCCCCAUUCGGAAUCGCGGCCAUACUCACCGGCAACAGCUACAAGGCCAGCGAUCCCAUAGCCGAGAAGAUCCUCGAGGACUGGGCCUCGUUUUUUCCGCUGUGCAAUAAGGACAACACGGAUGUACCACCCGUGGUGGAAGUGGUGUCGGGUGGUCAUAAGAUGUAUCAUCCCACGAACUACGUACUAGUCACAGACCUGGACGACAUGGAGCACAUGGAGUUCGUCGAGAUGCAGAAGAUGCAAAGCUCGGUGAGCGGAGCGGCGGCUGAGGCUUCGGUUUUGGCCUCACUUUCCUAUCCACCGGGUGCUGCAGCUGCUCCUCCUUCCCUGGGAGCGGGUCCAUCUGCUGCAGCGAUUCCUGUGGGUCCUGCUUCCCUCAACGCUCCAGGAGGAGGAGGAGGAGGAGGGGGCGGAAUGGCCUCCGUCACAAACGCCUCCGCCAAAGAGGUAUCCCGCAAGGCAGCUCCUCAGGCGGUCAGCGCCCUGGAGCGUCUCGCCUUCCAGCCCUACUACGAUCAACGGCCCACCUCGGGCUUCACCUUCAAUACCAACAAUACUCACAUACCCGCCUCGGCUGCCGUGGAAAUGCCGGAACGAACUUGGCAGGAUUGCGUGAUGAACACGCUUCACGUGGAUGCAGCAGCGGCAGCAGCAGCGGUGGCAUCUGCUACACCUUCCUCCGGAACGGGGACAUUGGCAGAUGGCGACGAGAAUGAGCAGAACAAACCGCCGCAGCAGGAUUCCAAGCAAUUGGUGCAGCAGCAGAUUCAACAGCAGCAGCAACAGCAACGACAGAAGCUCUGGAAUUUUGUGGAUCCCAUGCAAAAGGCGCCCUGCAUAUGCACCAACGCCCAAUACAGCAGCAGCGGUAGCAACAACAACAGCAACAUCAGCAACACCAAGCGACAACAGCAACCGCUGGGAUCGCCGGCAUUGCGAGCAGCAGUUAUCGGUGCCAGCGGUAAUAAGUCGUCAGCAUCGUCUUCGUCGUCAUCUUACCAGCAACAUUACCACCAGCAACAUCUGCAGCAGCAACAGCAACAACAGCGACCGGGAACACCUGUGCCACCGGCAUCAGCAGCAGCAGCAGCAGCAGUUACAUCGCAUCAUUCCAGUUCCCUGAGCAACACUUCCGCCUCCAAUUCUUCCGCGACCGCCCUCCGGCGUCACAAUGUGCCGUUCCACAAGCGGUUGCUCCAUUCGCUGGCAUCCACCGCCUCCUCCUCGGCCACGUUUAGAGCCAAAAACCACAGCAACACCACAACAGACACCAAUAUACCAAAACAAAGACAUCUGGGGAAUACACCUCAUGGAACGCCACAUGGCGGGGCCUCAACGUACUCCCGGAAUUCCUUGGGUGGCGACUCCUCAAUGCCAGUGGCCUCCGUGGAAUCACCGGCCACACCCGCACCCUCUCCGCAUCCCAAUUCAGCCCACUCUCAACCGACAUCCGUGCCGCCCGCUGAGCAACUACUCAAUAUGAGUCCGCAUGCGCCCACUUCCGUUUCCAAUCUGCAGCAGCCGCCGACGCCCAUCGACCACCUGCUGGAUAAAAAUACACCGGCGCCGACGCCGACGGACCAGCAUGACAACAAGAGCAUUACGGCCUCACCUUAUGUCCAUCAGACGCCCAGCGUGGAGCCGCCCUCCUAUACGGAUCAUGCGGCCGGCGGCGGCGGCGGGGGAGCAUCUGGUGGUGGGCAAUCCCUGAGCACUGGUCCCGGCAGUGUGCCCGCCCAGCAACCGGGCACGCCCACAGCAGCAACAUCAGCUGGUGGAACUGGUUCCUGUGGAGGUGCAAACGCAGUUGUUGGCAAUGCAGUGGGUACCAUCAGUGUGAAGAAGCUGGAGAUGCAGCAGCAGCAGCAGCAACAGCAGCAGACGCCAGCAACGGCAGCAAUGGCCAUCAGACAGGAUGCAGGUGCUCAGGGACGGGGGACAGGAGGUGUUACCUCCACCACGGAGGCCUUGAACAACCUAAGGCGACUGUACAGUCCGCCAAAGUUGACCCUUAAGGAUCCGGAUAGCUUCUACGAUGACGAGUGGCUCAAGGAGGUCAUCUACGAUUUUCAGUACCAGGAGAACUGGGACUAUCUGCCGGUGAAGCGACCGAAACUGGAUAAGCAACGUAGGCCAAGGUAUGCGAAGAACCUCUACGAGGGACAUACACAUGUGAAGCCGCUGAUGCCGUCACCCGGAUCCGUUUAUGGCUCACAGUUGCUCUCCCUGGAUGUGUCCGCGAAUUUGACAGGCGGAGGAGGAGUUGGAGGCGGAGGCGGAGGCUCAGCGACGGGCACAUCCAGUGGCGGUUUAGUGGGCAUUGCCAACAGUACGGCCAAUGGCAGCGAUGCAGAAGCGGAGAGUGGCAGCAGUUUCUUCCAGGGAUUGGACAUUAAGACAGAGCCCGGUUUGCACUCGCCCAACUGCAAGGAGACCUCGAAAUCUUCGGGUGGUGGAGGGAACAGCAGUGGCGGUGGAAGCGGUGGCAAUCUAUUCACCGCCGAAGGGCUGAAUCCAUCGCUCAACGAUCUGGAGCAGUUGUUCGAGACGAGCUCAAACGAUGAGUGCAGCAGUGUGCAGAUACACACGCCACCCGAUUCCAAUAAUCCCUCGAACGGCGGUUGCAGUGCUGUGACCAACACCAUCGAAGACCUCAAACGGAGCACAGCGGUGGCCAGUGCUGUGGUGGCAGCGGCAGCGGCGGCAGCAGCAGCGGCGGCGGCCUCGGGAGCGGGCAACAUUCAGGCGGAGGAUCUAACCAAAAUGUUUCCCACACCGCCGUCGCACGAGCAGCAGCAUCCGAACUCGAGUCCCUGCCAAACGGACGUGGUCAUGACGGAUCUCAGUGUGGACACAACCACCACUACCACCGCAACCACCACCACCGCAACCAGUAUAAGCAGCAGCAGCAGCGGGAGUGGUAACACGACUACCUGCAACACCACAAUUACGAGUAGUAUCAACACCACCACCACCACCACCACCACUGGCAAUUGUAGCAUCAAUGCCAGCAAUGCCAGCAAUGUCAGCAAUGCCAGCAAUACCAGUAUUAUCCUGGCAGCCGUACAAGCUCCCGUCACCGUGGUGGCCAUCCAGACCGUAUCCAAGCUGGUGAAGCAGGAGUAUAACCUGGAGUUGGGCAGCCCGGUGGAGGAGCCCAUCGAUGACUGGAACUUUGUCUAUCGACCGCCGCAGCAGGAGAAGUUUGUGGGCUCGACGCGCUAUGCACCGCUCACGAAUCUGCCCAGCCAAACGCAGCCGCCGUUGAGUCUGCCGCCGGGAUGCUAUUAUCAACCCACCUGGAGUAGUCACAAAUCCAGGGCGGCCACUCUGGCCAAGGCAGCGGCGGCUCAACAGCAGCAGCAUCAGAAGCAUCAGGCCCUGCAGCAGUGCAUCCAGUUGCAUCAGCAAAAGUUACAGCAGCUCCAGCACCAGCAUCAUCAGCAACAACAGCAACAGCAGGCGGCCGCAGCAGCAGCAGCAGCAGCGGCAGCGGCAGCGGCAUCGACGGGAGGCGUGGGCCAUCAGAAGCACCAGCAUCAGCAUCUGCAUGAUCUGCUAUCGGCGGCACCAAGGACACCGCUAACGCCCUCCACUGUGCCCCAACCGUUGAGCAGUGGCGGCAGUCAGUUGCUGCUGAAUCAGCUGAAUUGCCCACAGGCGCCGCCCGGCAGCUCCAUGCAGCAGGUGAUGCAGCGUGCCGGAAUGUCGCCCAUUUCACCGGGUCCCGGAAUGGGUCCCUAUGGCGCCCGUAGCAGUCCCAUGUCGAGGGCGACGCCCACGCAUCCACCGCCGCCAUAUCCAUAUGACCUGGCCGUUGCCAGUCCGGCCACCUCCACAUCAUCGUACUUGAAUCGGCCACUUCACUCGCAGGAGCAUCCGCACAUGCAUAAUAUGGGCGGCGGAGGAGGAGGAGGAGGAGCAGCAGGUGGCAUGGGUUCCGGAGGAGCUGGAUCUGGAGCUGGCGGACACAUGGGCAUGAUGCCGUACACUGGCGAUGCGGGCAUUGCCAGUGGCGGCACCGCGUUGGCAGCCGGUUCCUCCAGUUUGCUUCAGGAAUUGCCAGAAGUGAACUCUGUGCUGGUGAACAUCCUGCUCUACGACACGGCCCUGAAUGUCUUUCGGGAUCACAACUUUGAUAGCAGCAGUGUGUGUGUGUGCAAUGCGGAUACCCAGAAGAUUGGCAAUAUACGGGGAGCGGAUUCCGGCGUAUAUGUACCCCUGCCCGGCGUUAGCUUCAAUCCAUUUCCGACAGCUGGAGGUGGCGGUGGAGGUGGAGCAGCGGGAGCAGCGGGAGCUGCGGCAGCUGGACAACGGAUAGUGAAUGGACCCAGUUCGGCUGGUUUUGGCGGCAUGCGGAUGAUCAGUGCCUUUGGGGGUUCGCCGGCCUCCGCCUCGAUGCCCGGAGCUGGCUCCGGGCAUGGCCAUGGUCCGAACGGUGGCUCCAACUCGUCGUCCUGCACGCCGCCCAGCAGCAAUCCCCACAUCACCGGCUAUGUGGACGAUGAUCCCGUGGAGUGUACGUGUGGCUUCAGCGCAGUGGUCAACCGUCGACUCUCCCAUCGCGCUGGACUCUUCUACGAGGAUGAGGUGGAGAUAACGGGCAUAGCGGAUGAUCCGGGCAGGAAUAAGCAACCCUCGUUGCUCAGCAUCAUCCAGAGUCUGGGCAGGAAGAACCAGAUCAAACAGGGUAAUCCGGGUGAAACGAGUUCCGCCUUGGAGAAAGUCGGCGCGGGUGGUGUUUCCGGUGGACAGCUGGAGCAACUGGCCCAUGCCAUCUUUGACCUGCUGUUGGAUCAGUGCUCCAUCAUCCAGACAUCCAGCAGUUCCGUGCACAGAGCUCUCCAGGCGCAUCGGCGACGAAUGUCCCGCCAGCGGAGGAUCUUUGGCACGAAUGGAGCACCCACCGCCUCGUUGGCCUCGAUUGCCAAUGUCCUGGAGUUUAUGGAUGCGCACGACGUGAUCAGCUUGGCCCUGGAACAGGCGCGUUUGGCAUUCGAGAACCAGCGGAUGGACAACAUGAUGGACUUUCAUGGCAACGGCAGCAGUAGCUCCCAUCAGCAGCAACAACUCACGGCCUUUCAUGCCCCACCGCCGGCGCUGCGACACAAGCUGGCGGGGAUUGGCGCCGGCCGGUUGACGGUCCACAAGUGGCCAUAUCUUCCCGUUGGAUUCACGCGCAGCAACAAGGAGAUUGUGCGCACCAUGAAUGCCAUACAGCCGAUGCUGCAGAGUGCCUUCCACUGCAAGUCAAGGGGUGGCUCUGGCUCAAAGGAUGCCAGUUCGUACAAUACGGUGAGUGGACCGCUCACCUGGCGGCAAUUCCAUCGCCUGGCCGGUCGGGCAUCCGGACAAUGUGAACCGCAACCCAUACCCUCUGUGGUGGUGGGCUACGAAAAGGAUUGGAUAUCGGUGGCACCCCACUCCAUCCACUACUGGGAUAAGUUUCUCCUCGAACCCUACUCCUAUGCCAGGGAUGUGGUGUACGUGGUUGUGUGUCCGGACAACGAGCAUGUUGCUGGCUGCACACGCAGCUAUUUCCGUGAGCUAAGCAGCACCUACGAGAUGUGCAAGCUGGGCAAACACACCCCAAUUCGUGGCUGGGAGGGCAUCCUCCAAGUGGGAGCUUCUCGCAAUGUGCCCACAGAUCGGGAGACCACGCCGUUGGACGAUUGGUUGCGCACUCUCGAGCACACUGCUCUGGCGGAGCAAAUUCGUCGCUAUGCCGUGGCUUUUAUUCACCAAUUGGCUCCAUAUCUGAGCCGAGUGCCCAACGAUAAGACGCUGCUGAAUCCACCCGAUGGCACGGCCAACUCCAAUUCCAACAAGGGAGGCAGCUCUUCGUCCUCGAACAACGCUUCAGCCACUGGUCUGCCUGGUGGCGAUAACAUCACAAUGCCCACGGAUAACAUCAAACUGGAACCGGGCACCGAACCGCCAGUUGUUCAGCCAAUGGAAGUCACCGAAAUAAAACAGGAGGCGGGAACGGGAACGGGCACGGGCACGGGAAAAGGAGCCUCUGCUGCAGCUGCUGCAGCUGGUGACACUAAACCAGCGCUGAUCCUGGGCGAUCCCUUGGGCAUGGGCGAGACCCUGGAGGACAUCAAUCCAUCUGCCAUUGUUCUCUAUGUGGUGAAUCCGUUUACCUUCGCCUCGGAUAGCUGCGAACUGGAGCGAUUGGCUUUAAUUGCCCUGCUGCGUUGCUAUGCGGAACUCCUGAAGGCCGUUCCCGAUUCGGUGCGAGCGCAGAUGAGCAUACAGAUUAUAUCGUUGGAAUCGAUCAUGGAACUGGGACCCUGUGGCAAUCGAAGGCGUUUCUCCGAUGAGAUCAAGUGCCUGGCAUUGAACAUUUUUUCACAGUGCCGGCGACAUUUGGUGCACGCUCAGUCCGUGAAAAGUCUGACAGGCUUUGGAACGGCCGCCAAUAUGGAGGCGUUCCUCAAGACCAAGGACGAACCCAAUCGACGGGCCUACAAAAUGUACACCGCUCCCUUUGUCCUGGCGCCGAUGCACGAGCGAAAUGACAAGACGGACUUCACCAGAUCGGCGGGCAGUAUGCAUGGCCAGAAUGAACAUCGCUAUUCGGUGAUGUAUUGCAAUUACUGCCUGAGCGAGGAUCAGGCUUGGUUGCUGGCCACCGCCACAGAUGAAAGGGGCGAGUUGCUGGAGAAGAUCUGCAUCAACAUUGAUGUGCCGAAUCGUGCAAGGAGACGGAAAGCUCCCGCCCGUUAUGUGGCACUCAAGAAACUGAUGGACUUCAUCAUGGGCAUCAUCUCGCAGACAUCGCAGAUGUGGCGUUUGGUCAUCGGUCGCAUUGGACGGAUUGGGCACAGCGAGUUGAAGUCUUGGAGCUAUUUGCUGAGUAAGCAACAGCUGCAGAAGGCAUCCAAGCAGUUCAAGGACAUGUGCAAGCAAUGUACACUGAUGUAUCCACCGACCAUUCUGAGUGCCUGCCUGGUGACCCUGGAACCGGAUGCCAAGCUGCGCGUGAUGCCCGAUCAGUUUACGCCGGAUGAGCGCUUCUCACAGAUCUCGAUGCAGAAUCCACUGGCGACGCCGCAAGACGUUACCUGCACCCACAUCCUGGUCUUUCCCACCAGCGCCGUCUGUGCGCCCUUUACCCGCCAAUUCCAGAAUGAGCCGCAAGUGGAGGAUGAUUUCCUUACCUUCGAAGAGGAGGGAAACGAGGACUUCAGCGAUGCGGAUAUUGGGGAUAUUUUCUGGGACAGCCACAUAGACAGAAAUUCCAAUCAUGGUAGUCCAGGACGCAUGGACGACAAUCGCAGUUGGCAGAGCGCCGGUGGCAACAACUUUAAGUGUACACCGCCCCAGGAAGUGGAGGAGGUUGGUUCGCUCAAUCAGCAGCCGAUUUCAGUGGGCUACAUGGUGUCAACGGCGCCAACGGGUCGCAUGCCCGCUUGGUUUUGGUCCGCCUGUCCGCAUCUGGAGGAUGUGUGCCCCGUGUUCCUUAAGACAGCCUUACACCUGCAUGUGCCCAGUAUACAGACUGCCGACGAUAUCCUCAAUUCGACCAAUGCCCAUCAGUCGGCCAACGAUCAUCCGCUGGACUCGAUUCUCACGGCGGAUGUGCUGCGAUUCGUCCUCGAGGGAUACAAUGCCCUCUCCUGGCUGGCCCUUGACUCCAAUACACACGAUCGCCUCUCCUGUCUACCCAUCAAUGUCCAGACGCUUAUGGAUCUGUACUAUCUGACGGCGGCCAUAGCCUAAGGUCCAGCGAUUUAAGAUUUCAGAUGUCAGAUGACAGAUGACAGAUUCCAGAUCUCUGAUCCCCGGAUCACUUCAAAACUGAAUCAAUCAAUCAAACGCAGUCGCAUGCUUCCGUUUGCAGAACUUCCACUAGCUAUAUCAACCUCAAUGAACAGCAAAAUAGAAAACCGAAAAGAUCUUGAACAGAAUCCAACACCAAGCAACCAAGAAUCGAAGUUAACAGAAUCCAAAAACACCAACAGAACAACAACAAGAGCAAUAGCAGCAGCAGUUAACGCAACGCACAGAUUACUUAGCAUAAUCAACAUGAAAACAACACUAAACAAAACAAAACAAAACAAAACAACACUAAACAAAAGAGAUCACCGAUGAGAGCAGCGGAUAAAACUUUAUCGUCUACCGAUAAGUCUUGAACAGCAACAGCAUUACUAUUUAUUAAUCGUCGAGAAUUUGUAAAAGUGUCAAGUGCAAGAAUUGUUUGUUUAAUUUUAUUUUUUUAUACAUAUACAUAGGCUGGCGUUCGAUUAGUGUUUAAUAUUUAUAAAUAUACAAAAAACGAUGAGCGAAUGAGUAAUAGCGAAAAGCAAACAACAACAAACAACCACACAACAUGUAGGCAUAUAGGUCAUAUAUACAAUAGUGGCGUGGAUGAAAGCGAGUAACAUAUUUAGGCUAAGUAACAAAGUUUGUACAUAUUUACAACCAAUUCGCCGUAAGCAGCAACAGCAACAACAACAAAGCAAAACAGAAGUGUAAUUAUACAAUUAGUAAAUAGUUUACAACAAAUUGAACGAUGAGGAGGAGGAGUAGAAAGAGAAGAAGGAGGCCCUAUUUAAAUAUAAUAAAUUAAAUCAAUAAAUUGUGUAAAUUUUUGUGCAAAGCGAGAAUUAGUUUAAAUUUAAAUUAUACAAGAAGAAAGUGUGAAAACCAACCCCAAAAGAACCCAAACACACGCAUUAAACACACCCACACGAUGGAAACAAACAAAACAUAUAAAUAACUGAAACGGUAUACUGUAAAUUGCAUAUAUAAAAACUAUAUAUAUCUGGACGCCAAGCGCAGAUGAUGAACGACGAGUAGGAGUAAGAGGAGGAUGAGGAUGAGGACAGGAUUUAGUGUUAGGAUGAGCGUUAGGAAGAGUUUUUAAUUUCGUGUGUUUUUUGUUGUCUCUUGUUUUCGUAUAAUCCUAGGGAAACAUUUGUAUUUCACACAGAUACUGAACACACCCACAAAAGAAAGAAAGAAACAAACAAACAAACACACACACACACCACUCACAUAGCCAAUUUUCUAAUAAUGAAAUACUUAAACGAAAAUGUGUACAAAUUAAUAAUAAUGCUUGUAAAGAACGGGAAAGCUUUCUACACUCACCAACAACACCACAACAACAAUUGAUUUUGCACGUUGAAACGAUUUUCGCUAGGUUUAAGUUUAAAACAAAAUCAAUUAAGUAAAAAGAGGAAAACAAUUAUUAAACAAUGAAAUUAUUUUUACCUGUGUAUUUUAAUUAGCAUAAAUUGUGUAAACAACAAAACCUACGAUUACAAAGACGUUUUCUAGUAAUUAUCCACAACAACAUAAAAACACACAACACCCCCCACAUGCAUAUCUUUUAAGUAGUUUCGAUUUCAUUUAGUAUUCUAUUAUUUGUGUAAUAAACCGAACUUAUUUGCAAA